GGAGGACAAGCUAGUAAUGAAGGCACAAUAAAGAAGAAAACUCGUGGAAAGACUAUGUGCAAAAAGCUUCAUGCCACUGAUUUUAAUGAUCGACGGGAGGUGGAAUUUUUUGGAGGGCAGCCUAUAGGUCCAACCAAGGAGGUUGUAUCUAACCUCAACCAACUCUUGGGCACAACAGUUAGAAAUCCUCGUUUUGUGACUUUGCUAUAUACUAGUUGGCAUGGUGUGCCUAAAAACCUCAAAGAGGACAUGUGGGAGUAUGCCAAUCAAAAAUUCAUUCUUCCAAAAACUUCAAAGCCGUGGGUAAUGAAUGGAUUUUGUCGUGCAUGGAAAAAAUACAAAGGCGAAAUAAAAAGGGAACAUUUCUUGAAGUACAACACAAAGAAAGAAAUGAUAAAGAACCGACCGUUAGAGAUCCCGGAGGUUCAGUUUCGCAAACUAAUUCGGUAUUGGAGUCUUCCGACUGUUAAGGCUGUGUCUACUAAAAAUGCUGAAAAUAGGUCAAAGCAAACAUGUCCUCAUCGGAUGGGUUCCACAAAUUUUGGAAUAGUGCGCAAGCAGUUGCGCGACUCUAAAGAGAAUAGUGAAGAACCAUCAAGAGUUGAAGUUUUCAUAGCAACUCGCACAAGUAAAAAAGGAAAAGAAAUUGAUGCUAAAACGCAAAGCACAAUUGUGAGUUGUUUGUAUUUGUAUUUGGAAAUGCUGAACUUCAAACCCCGCAUAGAGGCGGGGGAAAAUGAUGAGGAUGCAUUUGUAGGAGUGUUAGGAAAGGACCAACCAGGUCGAGUUCGUUGUUUUGGGGCUUCGAUUACAAAAAGCUCUCUUAAAAAGGAUGAGGAGAUUCGACAAGUCAAGGUUGAAUACAACAACAAGGUUGAAUCAUUAGAGAAGAAGAUGGACGGUGUAUGUAGUUUAUUAAAGGUAUUGGUGCACCAAGUCAACCCUGGAAUGAGUGAGGAAGAGGUAGCAGCCUUAGUGCAAGCUGCCCAAAAUUCUCCUUUGGAUGCCUCAAGCAGCAGACCGAAAAAUACUCCUCGCUCCUCCGAAUCAACUCAUAUUCCACCCAAAGAUAUUCCAGAAGGAAUUAAUGACUCUCAUGGAUGGCGCGGCGGCGGGCUCGGCGGAGGAGGAGAAGAAGAAGAAGUAGCUCGGCUCUCCGACGGAGGACAGCGGUUUUCUCAGUCGUCGAAGAAGAAGAAGCUCUACUGA